CAUUUCAAUGCUCAAAAUUCUCUCAAAAAUACCUCGUGGGAGAAUCCAAAUUCCAUCUCAGUUUACAUUUUCCAUUCAACAAGACUGCACGUGCUAUUGAGAGAUGAAAGAAAACUUCAUUAAAUUGACUGGGAAAACCCUGUUCAUAACAGGUGCAUCAAGAGGUAUAGGAAAGGCUAUAGCACUUAAAGCUGCUUCAGAUGGAGCAAAUGUUGUGAUUGCAUCAAAAACUGCCGAGCCACAUCCAAAACUCGAAGGCACAAUCUUCACAGCAGCCCAAGAAAUCGAAAAAGCUGGAGGCAAAGCCCUUCCAUGUGUCGUCGAUGUCCAAAAUCAAACUCAAGUUAAAUCAGCCAUUGCGCAUGCAGUCAAAGAGUUUGGUGGAAUUGAUAUUGUCAUCAAUAAUGCAUCAGCCAUAAACUUGACGAGUGUCGAGAAGACUGACAUGAAGCGUUAUGACUUGAUGCAGCAAAUUAAUGCUAGAGGAACAUUUAUUGUGUCUAAAGAGUGCCUGCCAUACCUGAAAAAGUCUGAACAUGCUCACAUUUUGAAUUUAGCACCGCCUUUUGGAACUGACCCAAGAUGGUUCCAAUACCACACAGCAUACACAAUGGCUAAGUUUGGAAUGAGCAUGUGUACUUUAGGGAUGGCAAAUGAGUUCAAGAGAUACAAUAUUGCUGUCAAUGCUUUAUGGCCAAGGAAGUUAGUCUUUACAGCAGCCGUUGCAGCACUUACUGGACCAAAAAGCUUCGAUGUCGCUAGAAAACCUGAAGUUAUGUCUGAUGCUGCUUACAUCAUUUUAUCGAGAGAUCCAAAGGCUUUUACUGGAAACUUUUACAUUGACGAUGAAGUUCUUAAGGCUUAUGGAGUUACAGACAUGAAGCAAUAUGCAUGCAAUCCUGAUAAUGUGGAUAAAAUCAUUGACUUGGACACAUGGGUUGAUGGGAUUAUUAAGCAUUUGAGGAAGCAUGAUGAUUAAGAUUAAUUUUUGGUCG